UGACAAAAUCUAUAACCUAAAAAGGCAAAAAGGCAUCACUAUGAAAUACACAAGCAACAAUAACAACGCUGACAACCAAAAUACAACAAAUGGCAGUAGCGGCGGCAGCAGCAGCAGCAACAGUCAUAAUAACGCACCAACAAUAGUCACGUCUCCGACGUUGACAUCCACAACCAAUACGACCAAUGGUGGCAACACUAAUACCACCGGGAAUGCAUUGUUUUGCGAGCAAGUGAACACGGUCACAAAUCUCUUCGAGAAAUGGAACGAUUGUGAGCGUACUGUUGUAAUGUAUGCCCUGUUGAAGCGCCUACGCUAUCCCAGCCUGAAAUUUCUACAAUAUUCCAUUGAUAAUACCUUGACACAGAAUAUGGGUUCCACAUCCAAUCUAAGUACCGUUGUCAUCGACAUGAAUGCCAACAAUCCAUCGUAUUUGCAGAAUCUAUUGAAUGCCUACAAGACAUUUCAUUUGGGCGAUUUAGUCGAUACCCUGUCGUCAUCAUCAUCGGACAAGGAUUCAAUGCCAUCGUGCUAUGGAUCUGAUUUUCAAUUAACACAAUGUGAUGAGCGGAAGUUGUAUGGCAAAAAGGAAGAUAUAUUGCAUGAGGUAUUGAAUAUGUUACCUCUACUGAAGCCGGGCAAUGAAGAGGCCAAAAUGAUAUAUUUAUCGUUGAUACCGCUGGCCGUAAAGGAUACAAUAAGACAAAUUGUACCAACAGAAUUGGUGCAGCAAAUAUUCUCCUAUAUGUUAAUACAUUCAGCUAUAUCUAGUGAGGAUCGUAGAUCCCUAAAUGGUUGGUUGCGACAUCUAGAAGAUCAUUUACAAUCUUCUAAUAAUUGUACAUCAUCAUACAAUAUGGGUGUACCGCCACCAUCGUUGCACACAUCUAAUUUCAUAUCAAAUCAAAAUAGCCUUGUUGGUGGUCUACUAUUGGAAAAUCCAAAUAUGACCACAUCUGGAUCAUCGGCUACUUCAUCGUCAUCGUCGGCUUUGUCAAUUUCUUCGACGGCAUCAAAUGCAUCGGUAGCCUCAUCGUUUGGCAACUUGACACCGAAUUGUAAUUCAUCAACAAUUUCUCAAUCAAUAAUGGGAUCACGCAAUACAGACUGGCAGACAAUACAACCUCCAAGCAGGCAUCAACUGCAACAGCAACAACAACAGCAGCAGCAACUACAACAGCAAACUAAUAAACAGCCACCAUCGUCGAGUAUAGCUUCAGAUUGGUCAUCGUUAGUAGUAAAAUCCAAUAACAAUAAUAACAAUAACAAUAUGAACAAUAAUGUUGGCAGUGGCGGUGUCAGCGCCGGAGGUGGUGGAAAUGCCGGCGGUGCUAAUGGUGUUGGUGUCACGGUCGGUCAACUAGCCGAUCAACUCUGUGAUAAUUUGAAUGGUAUUACGCUGAAUGAAUUAGCAUCUAGUCAAAAUAGUUUAGGACUCAAUAUCGGAACGAGUAUUGUCGAUUCAUUGGGCAGCGUUGUGGACACAAAUAAUUGUACAUCGUUGGUGAAUGGCCUGACAGCGGCGUCAACGGUGGCCGCCACAACGCCCAAUCUCUUUGGCACACCAAUCCAAUCAAAUCCAAUUAUUAAUAUAAUUAAUAAUAAUAAUAAUUGUAGUAGUCAAUUGAAUGGUAUCGAUGAUCAUGACACCUCAUUCUCUAAGAAUGGUACUGAAAUUUUAGAUUUUGAUCCCAAUUCAAACACAAUGAAUAAUUGCGAUAGUUGCAGCAAUAAUGGCAAUAAUAAUUUGGGUCAGUUACAGCCUCAAAUGGGUUAUGCCUCUAUACUGAUGAGUAAUUGUGGUGAUCACUUGGACAUCAAUCGUUGGAGUUUAGAUAGUAAAUAUGCUGCACUAAAAACCCGACGUUCCAACAGUCUUACAACCCAGACCAUAUCCUCAUCUGCAUCAUCCUCCAAUUCAUCGGUCAUCACUGUCAACGAUAAUUGUUCAAAUUCAACUGAAAAUUUGGCACAAUUCGCCAAUAAACCGCGUAGUUUUUCACUAUCGAUCGAACAUCAUCGUGGCUCAUUGACCAACAGUGGUUCGGAUACACGUCUGGAUGAUUUCAAACCGAACUAUAUUAAAUUUCAGACAAGAAAUGUUGGCAUGUCCAGCAUUGGCCUGUGGCUAAAAUCAUUGCGUCUACACAAAUACAUCGAACUGUUUAAGAAUAUGACAUACGAGGAUAUGCUACAGAUAACCGAGGAAUAUUUACAGAGUUUAGGUGUAACCAAAGGUGCUUCCCACAAAUUGGCUUUGUGCAUAGAUAAACUUAAGGACCGCUGUAAUCAUUUGGCCAAAAUGGAACACGAACUGAUGAAUGGCCAGCUUAAGCUGCAGGCAGCCAUUGAAGAGUUGGCCAAUAUUGUUCUAACGCCCAUGAAACCAAUAGAAUUAGUUGCCGCUGGCGAAGAUAAUGUUGCUUUAAUGUUUUUGAAAAUUGUUGAUUUGGUUUGUACAAUUGCUCAAAAGGAUCCCUAUGCCGUUGUUGAUGAUGACAAUAUCAGUGUUAUUCUAUGGAUAUUGGAUCGUUCCAUACACAAUGAGGCUUUUGUAAAUCAUGUUAAUCAAUUGAAAGAAUUGAAAUUUAAGCUAUCGAAAUUAAAGAUGUCGCUAACACCGAAAAUGCAUCACAAUAAAAAUGGCAGCAAUGGUAAUUUGAAUAAACCAAGGUGGAAUGGUAAAGCACGUAAAUGUGAUCAGAAAAAUGGCAGCAGUGAUCGUAUAAAUCAUCGUAAAAAUUCCAAUGAUAUGUUGAAUUUUUCUUUGAGUUGUUUGCAGCAACAACAUCAUCAUAAUCAACAAUUGCAACAACAACAGCAGCAACAACACCAUCAACAACAACAGCAAAAUCAACAACAUCGACGUUCACUUAACAAUUUGAUUGUGGUUUCUGGCGGACCACAGCAGCCACAGAAAAUGAUAUUCCAACCGGGUCAGGCUAUACUCUCCACAACAAAUGCUAUGAAUAAUGAUGAGAUGUCCAGGAUUGAUAUGAUCAAUCAAAAGCAGCAACAACAACAGCAACAGGCGAGGAAAGCUAGCCUUACCUCGAUCAAUAAUAUUAACAACAACAAUAAUAAUAAUAAUCAAAAUAACAAUAAUUUGGAUUCGUUGCAACAACACCACCACAAUUCGACAUCAUCAUCGGCUGCUGCAUCUGUGCCAAAGAAAACAAUGGCUGCUGUCGUUAUGGAAAAUUUGGCCAAAUUCGAUCAACAUUUUACUUUGUUUUGA